GAUUUAUGUAAUGCAUCAUGGGAUCGACAAUUGUAAGGUCAAAUGAUACCCAUCUAUUUUUUACUUCCAUUGACGAAACCAAACGUUGAGAGUAUACCCACAACUACAUUAAAAGCUACACCUUCCUUGGGUGGGUUAGUGAUAAUUAUUACUGUUAUAAAGGACCAAGAUUAAUAGCUCAUCAAUCACACAUAAGAAAGAUCUUGUUCUCCAACCUUACUUGCUCACUUCACUUGUUCUCGCUACUCCUGCAGAUAUGGCGUCUUAUGAUAAGCCAGAUGUGUCCGAAAGGGAAGUGAGGGACAGAGGGGAGAAAGAGGAAAAGAAAGAUGAGGAGAAGGGUGGCUUUUUGGACAAGGUUAAAGAUUUCAUCCACGACAUAGGUGAGAAAAUCGAGGAAGCAGUCGGAGUUGGGAAGCCGACUGCGGAUGUUACCGAAAUCCACAUUCCCCAUAUCAGUAUGGAGAAGGCCGAGAUAGUUGUGGACGUCCUUGUCACGAACCCGAAUCCUGUUCCAAUCCCUCUCAUCGACAUAAACUAUUUGAUCGAGAGCGAUGGGAGGAAGCUGGUUUCUGGAUUGAUCCCUGAUGCUGGGACGAUACACGCACAUGGCUCUGAGACUGUUAAGCUGCCACUUUGUCUUAUAUACGAUGAUAUCAAGAGCACGUACGAUGAUAUACAACCAGGAAGUGUGAUUCCUUAUAGGGUUAAGGUCGACCUCAUUGUGGACGUGCCCGUGUUUGGUAGGCUUACUUUCCCCCUUGAGAAGACCGGAGAGAUCCCCGUCCCUUACAAACCACAAAUCGAUCUCGAGAAGGUUCAGUUUGACAAGUUCUCAUUCGAGGAAACCACUGCCACUCUUCAUCUGAAGCUGGGAAACAAGAACGACUUUGACCUAUGCCUUAAUGACAUUGACUUUGAGGUUUGGCUAUGCGACGUGAGCAUUGGCCGCGCUGAUCUGAGCAAGUCUACUAACAUUGCGAAGAACGGGGAAGGCUACAUCGAUGUCCCCAUCACGUUUCGGCCCAAGGACUGCGGCUCUGCUCUUUGGGAUAUGAUACGAGGGAAGGGGACGGGGUACGCCAUCAAAGGGAAUAUCAAUGUGGACACGCCUUUCGGGGCUAUGAAGCUUCCUAUCACCAAGGAGGGCGGUGAAACUCGUCUCAAGAAGAACAAGGAAGGUGGAGGCGACGAGGAUGAUGAGGUAUGCUUAUAAUGUUCUGCUCAUUCAUGUUCGUUUUCUUCUUUCCUUAGCUGGUAUAUAUUCAUCACUAAUUACUUGUAUUUGUUGUGUGCUUAAAACAACAUAGAAUGUCCUAAACUUUCACCUCCAUUGACUAAUUUCAUAGAGAAAGAAACCUUUGGUUGUUAUUGCAACAUAUUAUCUUUUAUGAUUUUCCUAUCAAUUUAAUCUGAUGAUUUGAAUUAGACCCCCUUUCUUAAGAAGUACCCCGUGUCUGUUUUCGAGAUUAAAUUGGCUCGAGAUUACUUGAGAUUGAAUUGGCUUGAGAUUAAUUUUGUCAUGGGGGGGACCAAGACUCAUAAGGCAAGACUAAUCCUAUGUGGCACUGUCCCGGAGCUAAGUAUCUGGUCGAGUCCAUUCAACCGAACAUCAUAUCAUGAGACUAUGUUUGUCUAAUCACCAAACCGAACACCCAAAAAUUCCAAGAUUUCAAUCUCUCUCUCUCUCUCAUCAGCAUGCAUAUAUAACAUUGAGUUUCGUUUGCAGGAUUGAAAAUUUGGUAGUGAUGGAAGCUAUGUAUUCUGGCAUUGAGGACAUGAAGCUCAAGAAAGAUUGUGUGUGGUGAAGGAUUGUGGAAGUUUUCAUGUUCAAAAUGUGUAGUUAUUCUCCCAGUGAAUGUUUCUGAUUUCAUGUUGCUUUCUUUGUGUGUCUAAUUGGGAGUAUAUAUUUUAUCCGAAUUAUAUGUAAGCUUAAUGUUAAUUAUGUUUAAUGAUAUUAUCGUAUGAUAAAUCGAUUUCCUCCUAGUAGGAUGCCAUGGAAUAAAGGAGGAUUUGGUAUUACUUUACCA